UUGAAGCAAAUGUAGAUUUAGAAAUUCAAAUAUUUAGAAGAAGAUAUUUUCAGCUGGUACAUUCUGCAACGACAUCUCGAUUGUAAUUGGGAAUUUGAGCGAAAGGGAAUUGAGCGGUCCUAAUUAUCUAAUGACUGGUGACAGAUUCACUGCAGAGGCAUCAAAACACAUGACAGUGCAUCAUGCGGAGCGUCCCGAUCAGCUGGUCGUUAUAUGGGACCAUUAAAGACCAAGGUUUCCUGUAAAGUGCAGAGAAUGCUGAUGAGGAUGGAGAGAAGGAAGAGGAAGAAUUCCAGAUGCCGACACAGCAGUGGGCAGUCGUUCCAUCACUGAUUCCUGUACUGGAAGGGUUAACUUUUUUUGACUGGUCAACUCUCAAUUUCAGCAGUGAGACCUCAUGGAUCACAGAGCUCAGAGAGACAAGAGCAGGGCCAGCUACUUUGGAAAUGUUAAGAAUAGACUGGGAUCAAAGCUGCCGGCUGGAAUUUCGCAGCCUCCAGGCUUCAUUACUGCUCAAUGUUCCAUUGGCGCUCAGAGUGUGCUGGGGAACAGUGUUGGGCAGGAGUGUGGCAAAGGGAAUCACCAAAUCCGAAACCCCAAACUAAGACAGUACUAUCUAAAGGAGGCGGCAUUUCCAGUCAAAGAUCCAAUAACGAAGAUUUUGGAGUCAUACAGAAACAAUGAACCAGGAUUACCCAAGAACAAGGUCUCAACUUCUACGGCGACAGCUUCUGACCCACAUUCAAGACAAAAGCACAGCCUUGAUCCUGCGCUCGACAUUGGUGUUGUGGGAACUGCAACUCUUGUGUCUCCUUCCACGGAUGCGGAAUAUGACAAACUGACGGAUGUGGAGGCAGUUCCUUUACCUGAUGGAAAUGUGUGUCUAUUGGCUCUUCCAUCUGAAUGCUCUCAGGGGGAGGGACCAGCCGCAAUGUCUUGCCUCAAACUGUUCUCCCGUUACAUCACAGACAGAAAGGGUGUGGUCUCUGGAAUAUUGCUGGUGACGUCCAAUAAGAUCUUCUUUGACCCUCAGAAGUCUCACCCACUUGUUCAGGAGAAUGGCUGUGAAGAAUAUGUAUUCUCCUGCUCUGUGGAUGAUCUUGCCUCAGUGUCCUUCUACACAGAUAUCUCUCACAUUCACUUCAACAAGACCACAUACAGAUGUAACAGUUGUAAGUCAUCAAAGAGCAAAACAAACAGCCACAAGAAAACCCGUCAGUCAGCAUUAGAGGCCAUUCCCGCUCCUGUGUCCUCCGUUUCACAUGAUCUGACAGCGACUCUGGAUGCUAAAGAAGAGGAUGAGGUAGUUGGAGAGACUAGGGACAUGUCUGAAGCUGAGAGGCAGUCUGGGGGAAUGCUAACAUCUGCUGCUGCUACUUUCUGUUGUGGAGGACCAGACAGUGUUCAGAGAGGAAACAAAGAAUAUGAAUUCCGAGACAAAUCCGAACAGCGGUCAUAUUUGGAAAGACAGCUGUUAGGUCCUAGCCCUUCUACAUCUAGUAGUGGUAUAAACAGAUCUCUGAUGUUUGUGAGAAUUCGACAGAAACUGCAGCAUGGGAAGAAAAGGGCUUUCUCUAAACCUAAAAUUUCUUCCAGAGACACCUGGUUCACUAUGCAGCAGGGAAGUUCAGAUGAGCUGUACGCUUACAUGAGCCAGCAUCGACCGGACCUGUGCAUCCUGGAGGGAGGUGAGGAGGACGAAGCAGAGCAUGAUGAAGAGGAUUUUGUGCUUCUUGAUGAUGAGGAAGAAGAGGGGUCUCCACGAGAAGGCCAGGCCGGAGAGGACUGGGAGAUGGUGUCAGUGGAGGAGAGUGGGCUGAAAGCUUCUGUCUCUACUGAACCAGAAGGUUUGAGUAACAUACUGAAGCAGAGUGUCAUACUGGAUGCCCAACAAGUUAGAGAGAUCUCGAGAGAGCUGCCUCCACGUACCAUUGGACGCACGUGGCAGCUGUCCUACAGCACGGACAAACACGGGGCAAGUCUCAAGACUCUAUACAGAAAACUCAGCACUACCGACUCACCUGUGCUGAUAAUCAUCAAGGACCACAACCAGCAGAUUUUUGGGAGCUUCCUCUCACAUCCUCUGCAUCCUAGUGAUGCAUUUUAUGGCACUGGAGAGACCUUCCUGUUCCUGUCUCACCCACGCUUUAAGGGUUUCCGAUGGACUGGAGAAAACUCUUUUUUCAUCAAAGGGGAUUUGGACUCUUUUGCCAUUGGAGGAGGAAGUGGUCACUUUGGUCUGUGGGUGGAUGAGAGGUUGUUAUUGGGCAGAAGCAGCCCCUGUUUCACCUUUAAUAACUGCAGCCUGUCUGAGACAAACGACUUCACAAUUUUGGAUUUGGAAGCCUGGACAUUUGGCUGACACAUGCUCCAAAUAAUCACGAUUUAGUGGGAAAUAUGGCCAUU